AUGUUUAACAGUACGAUGGAUGAUGAUAUAAAGAAGAGGAGCAAAAUUUUAUUAUUGUACGGUUCAGAAUAUGGCACGGCCUACGACUGCUGCAGAAAUGUUUUAUAUGAACUGUAUAUGCAUUUUCAUAUAGAUUUUUUUUGCUUGAAUGAUGUAAAUUUAAUGAGCUUUUAUAGAUAUGAAAAUAUUAUUAUAAUUGUUAGUACAACAGGAUAUGGUUGCUAUACACAUAACAUGUCCAAGUUUUGGAAAGACUUACAUAAGACGAACUUAGUAUUUUAUGAUACCAUGAAUUUUCAUUUAUUUGGCCUAGGUGAUAGUUCAUAUGAUAAUUAUAACAUUGUAGCUAAAAAAUUAAGAAAAAAACUAAAAUCAUUGGAUGCUAAUAUUGUUAAUUAUAACUUAGGUAAUUAUCAACAUCCUUCAAUGCAUUUUACAAAUUUCAAUAUUUGGAAGGCGAACGUUUAUGAGUUUUUAAAAAAAAAUUUUUUUCAUUUUCAAAUAAAUGAUAAUAUUCCAUGCUUGUUUAACGUAAAGCAUAUAUAUAGUCAUUCUAAAAAUGAACAGCAAAAAGAUAAUGGAAUAAAAAUAAGCCAAAAAGAAGAAAUCACAGCUAAUAAAAAUGGUAAAACGAAAAUCAAAAAAAGCAAUUCUUACAAAGUAAACACGAUAAAGGAUGAUAAUGUAACUGCACCAUAUGAUGAAACAAAUAAUGGAAAAGUUUCCGUUGUGGUAAAUGUAAAUACGAACAAAUAUCAAGCAAAGGAGGAGCAGUUAGAGGAAUCGUGCACUAACAUAGGCGGUGAAAUAAAUAAGGUGGUAAAGAAACUGCAAUACGAAUAUUCAAAUUUGGAAGGGAAAAAGUGUCAUAACAUUUAUGAGAACAAUACUCUUAGUAGUGAUAAUAUUAUUACAAAUUAUGCAGAUUUCAGUAUAGAUGAAUAUUUUUGUAAGUCGUCAAAUUUCAUGAAAUUUGAAGUGUUAAAAAAUGAAAAAUGUAGUGAUGAAUCGUAUCAUCAAGAUGUUAGAUACAUUGAUUUAAUAGCCCCAACACGAUGUUUUAAUGUGAGCGAUUUAAUAAAAGUUCAUCCAUUUUUAAAUGAAGAGAAGACAAAAAAUAUUUUAAAUUUAUUAAAAAUUAAUUAUAAUGAUUAUAUAAUAAUUAUUCAAAACGAUCAUGUACAUUGUACAAAUAACACAUUUAUUCCUGUUAAUAAAAAAAUAAAAAUAUUAGAUUUGUUUAUAUAUUUUCUAGAUCUUAAUAAAAUUGUUACUCCUUUUUUUUUUUUAUAUUUAAGUAAAAAAACAGUUAGUGAUAUACACAAAAAGAAAUUUUUACAACUUGCUGACACGAACAAUAUUUCAGAUUAUUUUUCCUACGUUUAUCAAGAUAAAAGGUCAUAUUAUGAUAUAUUUUUUGAUUUUUAUAAUUAUAUAAAAAUUGAUGUGUCCUUUCUUAUUAACACAUUACCAUCUAUUCAAGAGAGAUGUUAUUCCAUAUUGAAUACUAUAGAUUCUUAUUAUUUUUUAAAAAAUUUUAACUUUUAUAAUUUGUACUACUUUAGCACAAACCCAAAUUUUUCUUGGAUUAUUCAUAUUUUGAAAUUAAAUUAUUAUAUAAAUAAAAAAAAAAAUGCGUUAAACAUUUUGUCUUCUUAUACCUAUAACAUAAUGAUGGAGAAAAUGAUUUAUUCGUUAAAAUAUACCAACAUAAUAAGAAAUAGAAUAACGCAAAAUAAGAUAGAUAUUAUUGAAUUAUUAGUGUGCUUAUACGAAACUACAAUAAAUAAAAAUAAAAAAUGUGUUGGACUGUGUUCAGAUUAUUUAAUAAAUUUAAAACCUGGCUCCUGCAUUUAUGCCAAAAUUGAAAAUAGCUUAUUAUGCACAAAUAAAAAUAUAUUAAAUCUUAAUUAUAGAAUUAUUUAUAUUUCUAUAGGAGCAGCUUUCAGUAGCCUACUAGGGGUUAUUCGACAUCGCCAUUAUUUGUAUAAUCGUCUGUAUAAAAACAAGCCAAAGGAAAAGCAAAACGAAAAGAAAAACGUUUAUUCGUCAUGCAACUCGUUCAAUAAAGAUCUUCUUUUCCUUGGUUUUAGAAACAGGUUAAACGAUUUCUAUUUUCAAGAGGAGUUACAAAAUUAUUUAUAUUUCAAUUAUAUAUUUGUGGCUUUCUCCAGACUCGAAAGGGACAAUUUUCUCUUUUAUAACGAGGAAGUUCAAAAGUGUUCACGUGAUAAUACAUAUAAUAACUCGACAAACCCGAACAAAUAUUUCGAAACAAGAGAAAAUAGAAUUAUUCAAAUGAACUACGAAGAAAUGAAACAACUUUUGAAAGAAAAGAAAAAAUUAUAUGUAACUGAUCUAAUUUUGAUGUUACAAGACAUGAUUUAUGAACAUUUAAAAAAUAUAAAUACAAUAAUUUUAAUAUCAGGAAAAUCUCGUCCAUUUUCGCAAAAUUUAAUUAAAAUGUUUGCUAAUAUUAUAAAACAAAAGGAACAAAAUAAAAGCAUGGAAGAAAUAAAUUUAUUUUUAAAAAAAAAAAUAGACGAUUUCUCUAUUAUAUUAGAAUCUUGGUAUUAA